AUGGUUUGUGUCCGCUUCGGCAAGGCGGGGGUUUUGGAGCGCGAGGCGCUGGGGAAGACGGAGAGCUACUCUCAGCCGCUCGGAGCUUUGCGGUUGAUGUUCUGGAGCGAGACGCUCUUCAAACCGGUGAUUGCCGGCGGCCAUGGCAUUAGCACUGAGGCUGCCGCCAAGGAUAUGAGCUCCACCAGCUGGGCCUACGACAAGCGCACUGGAUGGAAAUACCCUUCCUGGCGCGAGAUCGGCGCCCAGCAGGCGGAGCGCGGAUCACAUUGGCUGGUACAAGAAUCCGGGGGAGCGGUACGACUCCCCGGCGAUCCACACGGUGGUUUUGUCGGACCUGCAACCCGGGGUGACCUACACCUAUCAGGUGGACAAUGA